CAAGAUUAAAAAUUAUUUGGAAUUUGGACUAUAUUUAUGUAUUGGACCUCUAUAUCCUUUGUUCACAAUGAUCGCUUAGUCUGCAAAAUAAACCAUAUACCUGAGCUUCAUUACAAUCAUUUCUGUUUUCAGAAAAUGGCAACAAAACUUAACACCAUUGUUUUCUCCAUUGUUCUGUUACAUCUUCCUCUGUCUGCCCAAAUGCAUCCUAUAUACUUGGAAUCUCCUGCUCCACAACCACAACCACCACAGUCGCAACCACAACUGCCGCAUCACAAUAGCUCUCAAUACGGUACUACUCAAGGCAGUCUUCAACCCCAAGAGUGUGGGCCAAGGUGUGGAGAUAGAUGCUCGAAUACACAAUACAAGAAGCCAUGUUUGUUCUUCUGCAACAAAUGUUGUACUAAGUGCUUGUGUGUGCCUCCAGGUACUUAUGGCAAUAAGCAAGUAUGUCCUUGCUACAACAACUGGAAGACCAAGAGCGGUGGACCAAAAUGCCCUUGAUUUAUCCUCUUAACUACUUCAGCAAAACCUCCAUGUAGUUUGUUGAUCUAUCUAUCAUAAUUUAUAUAUAUAUAUUGGACUCUUUCAUAAUCACAUCAGUUCUCUGUGAUUUUGACGUGAAUCACUUCAAAA